AUGAUCAAUGAUGAGCGCUACAAUGGGCAUGAGCUAGUCACCGUGUCUGUCCUCCUUCCACACUAUGGAAAUGUAUAUUUCAAUUCUAUGUACAACUCUCCCAAGAAUAUCCUUGAUAUCAACUACCUGGCCAAAAUUCUGGACACCAAUAAGCAGGUCAUACUUGCGGGAGACUUAAACGCUAGAAGUCAGGAAUGGAAUUGUAGGAAAACGAAUAAAAAUGGAAUUAAAUUAUCUGAAUUCAUUAAGAAUUACCCAGUUUAUUUUCAUGUUCCUAGUGAGUACACAAAUGUGCCACAAAAUACAAAUACUGGUGACAUUCUUGAUAUUUUCCUCUCCACCAUCUCCUUCUCAUUCGAUCUUGAAGUGCUUCAAGAAUUGGAUUCAAAUCACUGCCCGGUCAUUGCGACCCUAGGUACAACUAAGGAUGUCAUGGACGAGCACAUCAACACGACAAACUGGAAGGUCUUUAAUGAAAUACUCUCUGAAUGUCACACUAAUAACUUUAAAUUACGCACUCCUGAUGACAUUGAGCUUGCUGCCAAACAGCUUACGAUGGAUAUAAAAAGUGCCUAUCAUUCGGCCUCGAGAAAAAUUCCCAGAAGACAAAUCACAAAUAAGUUACCGAAUAGGAUCAAAAAUCUGAUCAGAGACAGGAAUAAACUUAGAAAAAGGUUUCAUCUUACCUGUGAUCCAAAUACUAAGAAAGAGAUGAAUAGACUCAGUAGGGAAAUUAAAAAGCAGAUCAUUACUCACCGUAAGGAUCUCUGGGAUGAGAAGAUUGAGAGCUUUAACGAGCCUAGUAGCUCCUUCUGGUCUUUCGUUAGACGUUUAAAAAAUAAACCCACCGUAAAUAGGCCAAUUUAUCACGAGCAAGGCAUUGCACUCACAAAUAUUGAAAAAUGUAACACGCUCGCUGAGCACUUUGAGAAGCAGUUCACCACGAAUACCUCCCCAUGCAAUCAGGAGUUUUCAACUUUUGUGAACUUCACAGUGACAGAAUGGAUUCAUAAAAACAACAUGCAAAAGUCAUUUAGAACUUCACUUCGCUCACAAGAAAUCUUAAACAUUAUUAAGAAGCUCAGGAAUAGAAAGGCCCCCGGGCAGGAUAAUGUGAACAAUGUGGCGCUGAAAUGGCUGCCUAUUAAUAUGGUCAACCGUCUCACAGGUUAUUUGUAG